UGCAAGACAAGUGCAACAAUAGUGGCUGUUGAACAACAUUCUGUCAUGUGAUGCCUCCGAUAAACUCUUCUUUCGAGGCCCCCCAAAAAAUACAUUGCGCACCAAGAUUUUCAUAUGUAUGAUUGUUUUAACUGGGAUAUAAUAAAUUGAAACAAUCACUAACACUGAAUGACGUUAAUGGAGAAACGACCAUUGUUUUGAUAAAAAAACUAAAAUAGCCUGAGGAGAAAUAAAUUGCUGCCUGUCGGAGCAAGUUCUGGGGAACCUCAUCAAAACGCGUCAGUGAGCUGCGAGUGACGGAGGGGUGAGGAUGUCGCCCGGGACACGGCUACGAUGGCUGCUGGUGCUGGAGGCGGUGGUCGGGUACUGGUGCUACCUCUGGCUGCUCCCUCACCGCCAUGCCACACUCUCACACCAUCCAUACCAAGCCAACGCCACGCAAGCAACGGUGACGCUGGGUAGUAUCCAGUACCUGCUGAAGCCCCCGCCACCCACCCCGGAGGAUCUUAAGUUCGCUGUCAUUGCCUCAAACUACAGCCAGCGGAGGGCGGCUCCUCACCCACCCGCAUCAUCAGUGGCGGUGGAGACGACGAGGUCAACACCCUCCUCUACUGACUCCGUCCACCCGUCCUCCAGCACCACCACUACCACCAUUUAUAACAUCACCAACGUCAAUGUCACCAUCGUCAACAACAAAUCCAGCGUCAGCAAUCAUCUCGCCACCAACAUUAAUCCCACCACUAAAAAUGGCCCCAUUUCCAUCAACGACGUCGUUGACAGCGUCAAUACCAGUACCUCCGCCCGCGCCGUCACCACCAACACCCCCUUCAUUACCACCAACAGUACUGUCACUAGCGUCAGUACCUCCGCCCGCGCCGUCACCACCAACACCCCCACCAUUACCACCAACAGUACCGUCACUAGCGCCAGUACCUCCGCCCGCGCCGUCACCACCAACACCCCCACCAUUACCACCAACAGUACUGUCACUAGCGUCAGUACCUCCGCCCGCGCCGUCACCACCAACACCCCCUUCAUUACCACCAACAGUACUGUCACUAGCGCCAGUACCUCCGCCCGCGCCGUCACCACCAACACCCCCUUCAUUACCACCAACAGUACUGUCACUAGCGCCAGUACCUCCGCCCGCGCCGUCACCACCAACACCCCCUUCAUUACCACCAACAGUACUGUCACUAGCGCCAGUACCUCCGCCCGCGCCGUCACCACCAACACCCCCUUCAUUACCACCAACAGUACUGUCACUAGCGCCAGUACCUCCGCCCGCGUCAGUACCUCCACCAACGCCUCCACCAUCAACAACAAGCUCCUAGUGCAGGAUCUAGUACGGUUGGCCACAAGACCGUCCUACAAGUGCACUAAACUCCUGAAGCAGGGAGGAAGGUCCUGCCACAGGAUCCCAGAUGGAGACAAGAAGAUGUGUUUGGAUGCGUCAGUGGCACCGUCUAGAUCGUCGUGUAUCGUGUACUCGGUAGGCAUUGGCCACGACUUCAGCUUCGACAAAUCCAUGGGGGAAUAUGGAUGUGAAGUGUUUUCCUUUGACGACGACGAUUAUCACACCAUCUACCCAAACAAUAUACUUCGCAGAGUGCACUUCAUCCACAUUCGUGUUGGCGACAAGGUGCUGUACCAGUUUGUGCUGGACAAGGUCAAGAACAGCACCUUCCAGUACCUGUACCGACCUCUGGACAACAUUAUGUACAUCCUGAGGCAUGACUCCGCCAACCUGGAGCUGAUCAAGAUGGAUGUGGAGGGCGACGAAUGGAACAUCUUCAAGAACUCCAUCUUUAAGGUACUGUUGUAAACAGUCUUUCCAUGAUUACAUCUUUACUUUUCAUAUUUCUAAUCUUAUUUAGGUACAUUUUGAUUGGUUUAUAUUUAAGUAACUGCCCACGUUCGCUAUAAUUACUUGUAGUUUGUCUUAGACAAUGUUCUCUACCAGUCUUACUUGAGGAAACGUAAUGCAUUCAUUUGAUUUUUUUAUUAUGCACCCCAUCCCCGUCCCGUGGAGGAAAGGGUUACAGAGGCACAACUAUGGAGUUAAAGAACUGAAGCCCAUAGUUUGUUUAGCUAAGGAAGUGACAAUCUUCUGAAGCUAGUUGCACAAUUGUUAA